ACAUUACCCUGUUCGAGUGAAUAAAAUGGGGCAAUUCGGCACUGGAUGACGAUCUCGCUACAGUUCACGGUCUACUCUCGCAGGCUUUGACUGGGGGUGUCCGUCUAUCUUUGACUAGGCUAACCGACGAAGGUCUUCUAGUUUUCCCACUAGGAAAAAAAUAAGGUUAGCUGACCUUACAAUUGCUAUAUGUAUGUGUUUGUGACAAGUUGUGCUGUGUUUCAAGCUGCUUAUAUAUCGGGUGAACGGACAAGGAAGAACGCAGGCGCCUAUUAUUACGCGAAAAUUGCGAAAAAGCGUCCACCUACAGGUCUGCCAAUUUGGGUCAGAACCCACUUGUGAAUCUGAUCUGGUGUGUUCAGGUGUCCUGAGACAGGGGGCGCUGUUUCUGAAAUGAGUUCCUCAGAGGAGACCGAGACUGAUGAUGGAAACCACGGCCCUGCGAGAGAAAGGGUUCGAGUAGAGAGGGCUGGGUCACCUGUUCCCAGCUGUCUGUCUUUGAAGAGUGACCAUUCAAUGAAUCGUCCAUUCAACUUCAGUGGAGAGUUCACAGGUGAUCAAAGGAUCCACUGCUCACAGGUGUCCAACCAUAUUGUAGAGAGGAGUUCAGAGACACUGUUGUCAACACAGCUGACCAGCAGCCCUGUGAAGCAGAAGGAUCUCACUGACUCACUGGAGAGAGAUGAGCAGCACAAUAAAUCCAUAGAAAGAGCCCAGCAGGCAAUGAAAACUGCUCUGAAGAAGAAGUUUGAAUGCAUAUUUGACGGUUUAGCAAAGCAGGGCAACCCAACGCUCCUCAAUGAGAUCUAUACAGAGCUCUACAUCACAGAGGGGGGAAGUGGGGGGAUCAAUGAUGAACACGAGGUCAGACACAUUGAGACAGCAUCCAAGAGACACACCACACAGGAGACUGCAAUCCUCUGCAAUGACAUCUUUAAGCCUUUACCUGGACAAGAGAAACCCAUCAGAACUGUGCUUACAAAGGGCAUCGCUGGCAUUGGGAAAACAGUCUCUGUGCAGAAGUUCAUUCUGGACUGGGCAAAUGGAAAAGCCAAUCAGGACAUUGAUUUCAUUUUCACUCUUCCUUUCCGAGAUCUGAAUCUGAAAAAGGAGGGAGAAUUUAGCCUCAUGGAACUUCUGCAGCACUACUUUCCGCAACUGAAAGAGAUCAAAAGUUUUGAAGAUGAUGAAGUCAAAGUUGUGUUCAUCUUUGAUGGUCUGGAUGAGUGUCGACUUCCUCUAGAUUUCCAAAGCAAUAAGAUCUGCUGUGAUAUAACAGAGUCAUCAUCAGUGGAUGUGCUGCUGACCAACCUCAUUCUGGGGAAUCUGCUUCCCUCUGCUCUCCUCUGGAUCACCUCCCGACCAGCAGCAGCCAAUCAGGUCCCUCCUGAGUGCGUCCACCAGGUGACAGAGGUACGCGGGUUCAAGGAUCCACAGAAGGAGGAAUACUUUAGGAAGAGAAUCAGAGAUGAGAUAAAGGCCAGCAGAAUUAUCUCACACGUAAAGUCAUCCAGGAGUCUGCACAUCAUGUGUCACAUACCAGUCUUCUGCUGGAUUUCUGCCACUGUUCUGGAGACAAUGUUGGAUAAAGUGAGUGGAGACCUGCCCAAAACUCUGACUGAAAUGUACACACACUUCCUGCUCAUUCAGACUAAUGUGAAGAAUGAGAAGUAUCCUGGCACCAAUGAGACAACCUCUAAGAAAAUGUCAGCAUCAAAUACAGAAAUCAUCCUGAAACUGGGGCAGCUGGCUUUACUACAGCUGGAAAGGGGCAAUCUGAUAUUCUAUGAAGAGGACCUGAGAGAGAGUGGCAUUGAUGUCAGUGAAGCUUCAGUGUACUCUGGGGUGUGCACAGAGAUCUUUAAAGAGGAGUGUGGGUUGGGUGAGGAGAAGGUCCACUGCUUUGUGCAUCUGAGCAUUCAGGAGUAUCUGGCUGCCUUGUUUGUGUUUCAUUCAUGUGUGAAUAAGAACAGAAAUGUACUCAGAGCAGAACAAUCAAAACCUCGCAGACGCAGAGUCAGAGUGCAGCUGUCUGAGUUACACAGGACUGCAGUGGAUCAGGCCUUAGAGAGUAAGAAUGGACACCUGGACCUUUUCCUCAGAUUCCUUCUAGGCCUCUCUCUGGACUCCAUUCAGACUCUAUUAGGAGGAAUACUGACACAGACAGGAAGCAGAUCACAUGUACCAGAUUGGAUAAAAGCACUAUAUAAAUACAGUCCAUUUACCAUUUACCAUUUAGAUCCACAGACACAGACAGGAAGCAGAUCAGAGAGCAUUGAGAAAACAGUAUUGUAUAUAAAGGAGAGGAUCAAAAAAGAAUCUUCAGCAGAGAGGACCAUAAAUCUGUUCCACUGUCUCAAUGAACUGAAUGACAACUCUCUAGUGGAGGAAAUCAAGAAGUUCCAGAGAUCAGGAAAACUCUCUAAUGAAAAGCUGGAACCACACCAAUGUUCAGCCCUGGCCUUUGUGUUACUGAUGUCAGAGAAGAUCCUAGAUGAGUUUGACUUGAAGACCUACAACACAUCAGCAGCAGGUUAUCAGAGACUGCUACCAGUAGUCGGGAACUGCAGGAAGGCCAUACUGAACAGGUGUGACCUCACAGAGAAGUCCUGUGAAAUUGUGGCCUCUGCUCUCCAGUCAUCAAACUCACCCCUGAGAGAUCUGGACCUCAGCAACAAUAACCUGGGAGAUUCAGGAGUGAAGCUGCUCUGUGCUGGACUGAUGAGUCCAAACUGUAAACUACAGAGACUGGACCUCAGCUACAAUAACCUGGGAGAUUCAGGAGUGAAGCUGCUCUGUGCUGGACUGAUGAGUCCAAACUGUAAACUACAGACACUGGGGUGAGUAGUGCUGUGUACUGUGUGACCUUAACUAAAUAGAAUUAGUGAUUAUGGAUCUGUGCAGUGAAAUAUAGGGUUGAACAGAGAGCUGAACCUGAAGAAUCUCUUGUAGUUCACUUUGUUGAUCCCUUUUUAUGAAUUUAAAAGACUCAAUCAAAUAACCCUGAGUCUACUUUUACUAAGCUUGAAGAAGUUAAGCAUCUGAAGUCUUUCCUCAAAACUUUUAUCUUUCAUACCAGGAACCAAUUUGGUUUCCCUUCUUUCAACCUUUUCCAGAUCCUCUAUAUCUUUCUUGUAGUACAGUCCCCAGAACUGCACACAGUUCACUAAGUGUGGUCUGACAAAGGUAUUGUAUAAAAUAAGUAUAACUUCCUUGGAUUUACAGGGCUCCAGACUAACUUUUUACAUUGGAUGCACUGGUGCGCCUAACUUUUUCAUUUAGGUGCAGCAGCACGUAAUUUAGGUGCACCCAAAAUUUUUCACCGCGCCUUUUGGCACCGUAAUAAUACAUUUUAAGUGUUACCUUUUUUGUCAGUUCCCAUACACAUUGGUAAUUUCUUAACACAUGUAAAUGAUUGUAAACAGGAAUAAAGGUGCAGAUAAAUGUUUUCUCUUUAUUUAAAUCACAGCACAAACAAGAAAUGGCAAUAACCUCAAUUGUUUAAAAAAUAAACUUAAAAAGUGCUGAUGUUUAAAGUGCUUGACAAACUCAAAUAAAUAAAUCAAACUCAAAUAACUCAAAUAAAAGUGUGCGCUGCUCCCGGAGGAGUACAGGGCGCGGUUUCACACACACACACUAGUGAUGCGCGGAUCGGCUCUGACGUCAUCCGAAUCCACAUGUACGCAAUCAUCCACCCGCCACCCACCCGAACAAAUUAUUUUCUCCGAUUUAGAGACCCGCACCCGAUCACACAUUACCGCUAUUUCUCAUUAUUUCGCAGCUGUUGCAUAUGACAUACCCAGCACUUGACUCGUCAUUCACUAAAUCGCUCCCACACAGAACUUUUCUGCCCUUCCUUUUUUUAAUUCUCCUUUUUUAAUUUUCUCUCUGAUCUUUUUUGCCUCCAUUGCUGCUUAAGACAAAUGGACGCCGCAAUUGGCGCAACGAGAGUCUAGUCUGCUAAUUCGCGCCUGACGAAAAAUGAAGCUUAAAAUAUGUUCACAUUUUAGAGAAUGUAAUUAAUAUUUUCCUCAUUAAUGAUGUAUUAUUUCACC